GUGCGCCGACGUCACUGUGUCCUCACAAACAUGGCGGCGCCCGUUAGCAGGUACAGCUGGUUCGCUUCCGUUUCUAGAAAACUGGGAAGUUAUCUAUUUAACUCAGUUUUCAUCACCCAGGCGGCGACGUACGCAAACAACAUGGACUCUGCGGGACCAACCAAGCUGGAGUUUGCGGUGCAGAUGACAUGUGAGAGCUGCGCAGUUAAAGUAAGAGCUGCUCUGGAGGGUCAACCAGGAGUACAGUCUGUCAGUGUCGAUGUGGGUAAGGAGGAGGUGUUGGUGGAGUCGACUCUGACCACUGCAGAGGUUCAGGCUCUGAUAGAGAGCACCGGACGCAGAGCCGUGCUGAAAGGCAUCGGAGGAUCAGAGCAAGACCUGGGUUUAGCAGUGGCCAUGCUGGCUGGUGAAGGAAAGAUUCAAGGGGUGGUGCGUUUCCUGCAGCUGUCUGAGGAGCGGUGCUUGAUUGAUGGGACAAUUGACGGGUUGGAGCCCGGACUCCACGGCCUUCAUGUCCACGCUCUGGGGGACCUCACACGAGACUGCCUCAGCUGUGGAGAGCACUAUAACCCCUUUGGAAGACAACACGGUGGUCCAGGAGACUCAGAAAGGCAUGUAGGUGAUCUGGGGAAUGUCAUGGCUGGACCAGAUGGCAGAGCGUCUUUUCGACAAGAGGACGGUCAGCUAAAGGUAUGGGAUGUGAUUGGCCGAUCGCUGGUGGUGGAUGCAGGCGAAGACGACCUGGGUCGAGGCAGUCACCCUCUCUCCAAACUGACUGGGAACUCUGGGGAGAGACUGGCUUGUGGGAUCAUCGCCCGAUCAGCAGGUCUUUUCCAGAACCCCAAACAAAUUUGUGCCUGUGAUGGGGUCACGCUGUGGGAGGAGAGAGACUUGCCGAUAGCGGGGAAAGGUCGGAGCAAGGCCAGCACAGAGACGCCGGCAGCGCACCUCUGACACCGCCAGCCAAAUAUGUAACCUGCGUAACCUGUGUUGGACAGUUUGAACGAAAGGGGCACAUUUACGAGAAACGCAGAGGACUUUUGUUGACAGAAGGUCAGAGCCGAAGCGAGGUAGACAGAGCACUGAGGAGUAUGUUUCCAGACAGCUGGACAGACGACCAAAGAAAAAUGGCCUUAUUUUCCUGUUGUUGUUUUUUCUCUCUGUGAUAAAAUCAAACCCUCUUGCAGCUGCGGUUGCUGUCCUCUGAGGAUUUUAAAAGCACUAAAGCAGAUUACAACCGCCUGGGACUUUGUGAAAGUCACCUUUGAUUAGCUAGAUGUCCGUUAAUACUGUUAUAUGUUUGUUUAACCAGCCGCCUCUGACACAACUGUCUCAUCACAGUCUAAAUUGAUGCACUGACUGAGAUAAAUGCGCUUCAGUUCGGUAUUAAAGUGUCCAAGUUAAUUAUGCAAGCUUUCAGAAAUCAGUUAUAGUAAUAAUGGGGGUAAAUGAUGAAAAUAUAUAUUUACAUUUUUGAGUUUUUGAGGAAAAUCAACACACAAAUAGGAUUACAAAAUGGUGUGAUGCUUAUAUUAAAGUAUAUUUACUGUCUAAAAGCCCACCAGCUGCAGUCAACCAACUAGACAGAUUACGUCUCAUUGAAAAAUUGAUAGCUAAAAAUAAGGGAUACAUGGCUGAUACAUGGCUGAUACAUGGCUUAACCAGAAACAGCCCCAAAAUCGCUAUUCACCAAACCCACCAGACUCCAUUUAAAUAACGAUAGUGAUUUUGGGCUGUUUCUGGUUAAACAAAAAGAAUCUUACUUUUCACAAAAAAUAAUAAUUACAAUAUUUCUAAUCUUUAUAGUCCACAAACAUGGGGAUUUGCCUUUGGCUUUACAUCACAAUAAGAUCACAAUGAAUACCACAACAUGCAUAGUACAGACAGCAGUAACAAACAUGGUUCCAGUGCGAAUGGUGGUUACAAAUUUAGCAAAGUCAUUGAAUUUGGUGUGAAAGACUUUUGCAGGUCUCUGCAGCAGCUCUAUAGCCUCUUCCCAAGGGCAUUUCUAUGCAUUCUUUACAUAGGAGAUGAACAGGAUGGGCCACAAUUUGUAGAGCUUUUUGUUUCACCUGUAUUUUAUACAUCUCUGCUCGUAGCCCCAAGGUGCCCAUACCAAGUACACGUUAAAAGUUAAAGGGAAAUUUCGGUUUAUUUCAACCUGCCUCCUAUCGUCCUAAAUUUGUUUCAAGUGACUAGUGACAUAGAAA